AUGUCCGGUACGAUGCCCUCGUCGGUGGGCGAUCGCCAGAGAACGGAGCCGUUUAGUGAUGGGGAUGCCCCCGUGACACCUGGACAGUCUCAGCCCCAGCAGACUGAAUCCGAGUUCUACAACCUUUUGUCUCUCGAUGGCGGUGGAGUCAAAGGCAUUUCCAGCAUGAUUAUAGUAAGGAAGAUCAUGAACAGGGUUCGGGACAUUGAGAAUGAAAGAGCCAAUAUGGAGGGCAGGCCCAUCGACCCAGAAGAAAGAAGACCUGUGGACUAUUUCCACCUAGCCGCAGGCACCAGUACUGGCGGCCUCAUUGCACUCAUGCUGUUCCGACUGAACAUGAAAUGCAGCGAAGUCGUUUCUCAAUACCAUGUCCUGGCCAAACAGGUCUUCAGUCCCCGUAUUGGUCCGAUCUCUCUGUAUCGGCUCGGUCAUUUCGGCAAGCUUGUCGGGGAUCUCUGGAUCAAGUUCAAGAUGUUGACAGGCCAGUCGCAAUUUUCCCACAAGCCUUUAGAGAUGGCCAUCGACACUGUCGUGGGAGCAUUCCCUCUGGACGAGGAUGACAAGGCGAAGAAAGGAGACGCGGUGCUGGUCAAAGAAAACCAAGGUCAAAUGUUCAUGUGUGCCACGUUAGCGGACAAAGGAGAGAGUAUUCUCUUGCGCAAUUACGAUCCUCCCUUCGCACCUCUCCCGGUCUCAGCUGGGGCUAAGGACCUCAACUUCAACGCCAUCACCAUCAAGCAAGCCGCGCGGGCAACUUCGGCCGCACCGACAUAUCUGAAGCAAGUCAACAUCCAGGGACUGAAUUUCUGGGACGGCGGCCUCCUCAACAACAAUCCGAUUGACCAAGUAUGGGACAACAGAUAUGAUCUGGUUUCCCGCGAACGUCAAUCACCAUGGAUCAAAUGUAUUGUGAGCUUGGGAACCACGCAUCCGGAUUACGAUCCUGACAAGGAACCUGCUGGCCGAUGUAUCUCUGGAUUCUUCAAUACCGUGUCCAAGACGGUCGCCUUUGUGACCAAUACCGAGGCCAAGCAUCGUGACUUUGAACGGAAUAUGCGCCAGCGCAACCGUCGACGGCCUGACCGACCUACCGGCUACUUCCGCUUCAAUGCCACCACGGGCAAGGAACAGAUUGAGUUGAGCGAUUACUUGAAAAUGCCUCGCUUGGUUGAAUAUACCGAAAAGUAUCUGAAGAAUCCUGAUGUGGACGUCAUGAUUGGUGAGUGCGCGGCUUUGCUGGCGAAGAGGACUUGA